AUGGCUAGAGCGCUUGCCCUGUCACGAUCUGUUCAAGUCUGUAAAUCGAGAUUGUUCACCGUUGCUUCAAAAUCAGCAAUUACUAAGCGCUGUCUCAGCAACCCCAUCCAAUAUCGAUCUGUAUCAUUAUUUGCAACCACCUACGCACCCUCCAAAGACUUGAACUCCAGACUCCACUCAGAACACAUCGGUGACACAGCGCUCUACCUCCUUCUCAACCCGGGCUUGACCUCUAGUGUACUAUUUCGCGCGGAUAUUCUGGCGCAGAGCGGAAAAUGUCCUACCCUUGCUGCUCUUGAGGCGCAGAAGCAGCAAGAGACGGAGGAGGCGUCUACGGCUACGGCUAUGACUAUGGCUCAGAAUGUUAUUGAAGAGGAAAAGGAGGUUAAGGAGCCCGUGGUGGAAAUCCCUGCGCGCGAAGUACCGGGGUUCGAGCUGCACAAGACGCUUAUCAGGCGGCUGAUUCCGCGAAACCAACAGCUGGAUAUGCCGGUUGAUCAGACGUGCCAUUUAUAUUCGCACGCGGGCGCUGUGGAGCAGAUAGAGAAAGAGAAAGAGCUGGGGAUACCCCAUUCGAGAGCGCCCAAGGAACGGUUCAUGGUGAUUUAUACGCCUCAUGUUUCGUCCAAAGAGGAGCUGCCAUAUUACCAUCCACUCGUCCGAUCGAUGGCAUUUGUGUAUGAAUUUGGCUAUACCGGCGAAUUCGAAGGACCAGAGAACUCAAUACCGAGAAUAGCAGAGAAUCCGAAGGGCACAAUGUCCAUACACUUCCUCCCUUACGAAAACGAUGUGGAUUCGAUUUCUGCUCGGCUGGAACGGUCGCUCACGAAACUCAUUGAAGUCCAAAUCCGCACUACGAAGGGCAGGCUCGAUCCCUGUAGACCGAGCACAUCAUCGCCCUAUGCGCUGAUUAAAGAUAAUGUGAUUCCGCGAAAUCGCGUGCAGGAUACAUACUCCCGCCUGAAGAAUAAGUACGCAGCGAACUUGAACGAGCGUUGGAUCGAGAGCACGGAACCAAGCAAACAUGUCUUUGAGGAUUUGAGCAUUGCGGCGUUCUUAAUAGAGUUGUGGCGGGAUCUGUAUGGGGCUGUACCUGGUGAUGAACGAGAGCAACAGAAGCAGCAAUCCUCAACGUCAAAGGUGGGCUCAGGGCAGUUCCCAGGCUUCGUUGACAUCGCGUGUGGAAACGGUGUACUUGUCUAUAUCCUCAUUAGCGAGGGAUAUUCUGGUUGGGGCUUUGAUGCGCGCCGCAGGAAGACAUGGAGUAUUUUUCCUACUGAUGUACAGGAACGGUUGAAGGAGGAAAUUUAUAUCCCGAAGCCCUUUAUGGAUGUCCUUGCUGCGCAAAACCAAGGUCCAAUCCAGAACAAGAACCAGGAUGCUUCGAUGCAAUCACCACUCUCAGAACCUCAGUCCGGGCAGAGCAAUGGCCCUAAUUCUGGCACCAGCACCAGUACCUCCCUUUCCAACCUCCCUAAAGAUACCUUCAUUAUCUCAAACCACGCCGACGAACUUACUCUCUGGACACCCAUCCUAUCAACCCUCCUCAACCCCGCAAACCCUCCCCCCUUUCUGGCUAUUCCCUGCUGCUCACAUUCCCUUUCUGGGGCGCGACACCGGUUCCGGCCCCAGUCAGCUAGGCCCUCAGCUACUCAAAACCCUCAAAAACAACAAGGCGAAAACGGGACUCAUUCACAGGAUGAAGAGGGUAGCUCAGAGGACAUGAAAGAACGAAAGGGCGAAGAAAAGGAAAAGAAUCCAGAAACAGGUGACCUUGAGCAAAUGCGGAAGGAUAAACUCGCUGCCCAAAACCCUCACUAA